UGGGCCCUAAGCGCGGGGACAUGCAGGUGGCCAUGACUGGCAGAGCCCGCAAAGAGGCGGUGCAGGCCGCAGCCCGGGAACUCCUCAAGUUUGUGAACCGGAGCCCCUCUCCCUACCACGUUGUGGCUGAGUGCCGUAGCCGCCUCCUCCAGGCUGGCUUCCAUGAACUCAAGGAGACGGACAGCUGGGAUAUCAAACCUGAAAAUAAGUACUUUCUGACUAGGAACUCCUCCACCAUCAUCGCUUUUGCUGUCGGGGGUCAGUAUGUUCCCGGCAAUGGCUUCAGCCUCAUUGGUGCCCACACGGACAGCCCCUGCCUCCGGGUGAAACGCCGUUCUCGCCGCAGCCAGGUUGGCUUCCACCAGGUGGGCGUGGAGACUUAUGGUGGUGGGAUCUGGAGCACUUGGUUUGACCGUGACUUGACCUUGGCUGGACGUGUCAUUGUCAAGUGCCCCACCUCAGGCCGGCUGGAGCAGCGGCUGGUGCAUGUGGACCGGCCCAUUCUCCGCAUCCCGCACCUGGCCAUCCAUCUUCAGAGAAACAUCAACGAGAACUUUGGACCCAACACCGAGAUGCACCUUGUCCCCAUUCUUGCCACCACCAUCCAGGAGGAGCUGGAGAAGGGGACUCCUGAGCCAGGGCCUCUCAACUCUGUGGAUGACCGGCACCACUCAGUCCUCAUGUCCCUGCUGUGUGCCCAUCUGGGGCUGAGCCCUGAGGACAUCUUAGAGAUGGAGCUCUGCCUCGCAGACACCCAGCCUGCGGUCCUGGGUGGGGCCUAUGAGGAGUUCAUCUUUGCCCCCCGGCUGGACAAUCUGCACAGCUGCUUCUGUGCGCUGCAGGCCUUGAUCGAUUCCUGCGCAGCCCCUGCCUCCUUGGCCACAGAGCCCCAUGUGCGCCUGAUUGCACUCUACGACAAUGAAGAGGUGGGGUCUGAGAGUGCCCAAGGAGCACAGUCCCUGUUGACAGAGCUGGUGCUGCGGCGGAUCUCGGCCUCACCCCAGCACCUGACGGCCUUCGAGGAAGCUAUUCCCAAGUCCUUCAUGAUCAGCGCUGACAUGGCCCAUGCAGUGCACCCCAACUACCUAGACAAGCAUGAGGAGAACCACCGGCCUUUAUUCCAUAAGGGCCCUGUGAUCAAGGUGAAUAGCAAACAGCGCUAUGCCUCGAACGCGGUUUCCGAGGCCCUGAUCCGAGAGGUGGCCAACAAUGUCGGGGUGCCUCUACAGGAUCUUAUGGUCCGCAAUGACUCCACCUGUGGGACCACCAUUGGACCUAUCCUGGCUUCUCGGCUGGGGUUGCGGGUCCUAGAUUUGGGCAGCCCCCAACUGGCCAUGCACUCCAUCCGGGAGACAGCGUGCACCACGGGAGUACUCCAGACCCUCACGCUCUUCAAGGGCUUCUUUGAGCUGUUCCCUUCUCUGAACCGCAGCCUCGUAGUGGACUGAAGCCUUUUGGAAAGAUGUCUCUUCCCAUCCCUUUGCCUUGAGAGGGGACGUUCUCAGCUGAGCUGAAGCUGAAUGAUUAAAGCUGAUUUUUCAUUCA